AUGUCCGCGUAUGGACACCAGCAGAUGGCGUCCCACCCGGGCCAGCGACACCAUCACGUCGGCGGCCACGGGCCCGUCAUGGCCGCGCCCGGUGUCGUGGCCCCCGCGGGCACCUUCUCGCCCGGCACCAAGAUCCAGGUCGGCAGCCACCGCGUCGUCAUCCAGAAGUAUCUCUCCGAGGGCGGCUUCGCCCACGUCUACGUCGUCAAGCUGCCCAAGCCCGUCGACGGCACCGAUGUCGCUGUCCUCAAGCGCGUCGCCGUCCCCGACAAGGAGGCCCUUCGCAGCAUGCGCACCGAGGUCGAGACCAUGAAGCGCCUCAAGGGCCACCGCCCCAUCGUCACCUACAUCGACUCGCACGCCUCCGAGAUGCGCGGCGGCGGCUACGAGGUCUUUCUCCUCAUGGAAUACUGCAAUGGCGGUGGCCUCAUCGACUUCAUGAACACGCGCCUCCAGCAUCGCCUGACCGAGCCCGAGAUCAUCAACAUCUUUGCGGACAUUGCCGAGGGUGUCGCCUGCAUGCACUACCUCAAGCCCCCGCUGCUGCACCGCGACAUCAAGGUCGAAAACGUCCUCAUCACCUCCAAGGGUUCGUCGAAGCGUUUCAAGCUCUGCGACUUUGGCUCCGCCGCCCCUCCGCGCCCCGCGCCGACCACCGUCGUCGAAUGCCGUCAGAUGGAUGAGGACGUCCAGAAGCACACGACGCUGCAGUAUCGCAGCCCCGAGAUGAUAGACGUCUACAGGAAGCAACCGCUCAACGAAAAGUCGGACAUUUGGGCGCUGGGUGUCCUUUUGUACAAGCUCUGCUACUACACGACCCCUUUUGAGGACCAGGGCCAGCUCGCGAUCCUCAAUGCCAGCUUUCGAUACCCCAGCCAUCCCAUCUUUUCCGACAGGAUGAAGAAACUCAUUGCCUCAAUGCUGCGCGAAAAGUUGGACGACCGACCGACGAUAUACCAGGUUCUCAAGGAAGCAUGCUCCAUGCAAGGCAGACAGAUCCCCAUACAAGAUAUUUAUGCCGGACGAUCUCAUACGGAGUCGCGAUCCAGCGAGCGGACGUCGGCGGAGCCGAAGCCAAAGUCCCAAGCCGUGGGUGCUGUCUAUUCACCGCCGGUGCAGGAGCAGCAGGCCAUUCCAAACGUCGUGCCCAUGAGGAGAGGUCGUCCAACACCGUCACCAGGGCCCGCGAGUAGCACGCAGAAGCCCAACUCAUCGUCGCACAAGGUUACCGAGGGCGAUCCUUUCGCGGCUCUGGACGCAAAGACGGCCCGCAAGUUCGAAGGCGAUGAGCUUUCGUCAAAAUUUCCGACUCUGGAUCAGUUCUCUUUGCUCCACGAUCAUGGAAGCCAGUUCAACUUUGACUCUUCUACGACGUCACCUCCACCGCCAGUGCCGGCCAAGGACUCGAACAAUAAGCUGGCCGAGAAGCUUGCUGAUGCUGCUUUUGCGUCGUCGCGCAAUAGUCCAGCAAAUACGAACCCAACCAUGAGGCCUCAUUCCGUUACGCCUACAGUUCCACGUCAAGCUCUUACCUCACCUCCAAUUGACAGACCACCGUCGAGCUCUUCCACAGCCAGGCAGCAGGCCGACAUGAGCAAAGCACAGUCCAUAAUCAGCAGCAACCCGGAUCUUCAAGCCAUCUCCGGACAAGCUGCCUCGAAAUAUGUCUCAACAGGCACCAUGACAACUGAUCUGUCACCGACGUCUUCAAGGCCGGCCGAGUUUGGGACUACGCAGCGUGCUAAUGAAGGGGCGCAACCGUCAAUCUCCCACCGCCCCGCACAUCUUCGUCAGCCGUCGCUAUCAUCUAGACCAUCGUUGGAGGACAACAGGGCGCAAGCCACAAAGGCCGAGUCAACGGCGCGAUCCACUGCGUUUGCAGGUCGGCCGAGACCGGCCAGUACCAACUUCGAAUCUAGCACGCUCGAAUUCUUGCGUGAGAGAGAGGCUUCCAAGGCUUCUGGAAAGAUGGAUCGGACGCCAUCUAAUGGAUCGCUGCACAAGCCAACUCCGAGCCUGUCGACAAUCACACGUUCGAGUAAUGAUUACAAAGUCGCAACUCGCUCGGGGCUGUUGAUCGAUACAGAUGGUUCGGAUUCGGACGGGCCACGAACGGAUGUGGUCUCCAAACGCUCCAGCCUGCCGCCGGGCGUGGCUCCGAAGAAGCUGGCUGGUAAAUUCGGUGAUGCCUUCCAGCGGUUCGAGAACACUUCUCCCGCGGACAAUGGUGUAGGCCGAAGAGCGCCCUCUCCGCUCAAGGAGGCUGCGAGGAGAGGCCUGACUCCUAUCGCUGGCUCCGAGGUAACGGAUGAUCGCAGCGAAGACGGCCUUAUCGACCUCGGCGAUGACAACAUGACGCCAGAGAUGAGGCGUGAAGCUGAACGGCGCAAGCUGGAGGACGAAGAGCGGCGGGUUGCCGCAGCACAGCGGGAGUACAAGAACCGCGUUGCAGGCGGGAGCUCCAAGCCGGUCCCAGGACCAAAGAAGUCUAGCAUCCAGAGCCGCGUUCAAAGCUUAUUAGAUGAGGAUCAACGACCCUCACACGUGGCAAGGACCGCGGAGGGCUAUGGGAAGUACUCGGACGCGGCAACGGCAGCCAGCAAGGCGGACAAGACGGACAAGCCAACGCCCACGGUGCCCCGGAAGCCGCUGGCGGUAUCGAGGGCAGCGAUCGAUGCGAGAGCGCAUGAGUCAGGGUCCGCACCUUUGUCGCGGGUGCAGUCUGCCGGUGCGGCGUCUGCCCCAGCCGCGCUUGAUUCAAAGCCAACGGGCAGCAAGCCAGCGGCACCAAGAAAGCCCGUCCACCUGAACAAGUUCGCGACAGGGGCGAGGCCUCCAUCGCCAGCGAAAGGUACCCAUUCAUCGCAGCUGGAACGCUUGAUAGCGGCCGAUUUGCCCGGGCAACCGGUGCUGGAGAUGUCUGCGCAGGAAAAGGACGACUACAUUGAGGACUUUACGAAGCGGUUCCCGAGCUUGAGCUCGAUGGAGAUGGACGCCGUCAGAGGCGGCGGCAGCGGCGCAGUUCGGCGAUGA